CUCCUUGAUGCUGCAUACAACACAUCAGAACACUGAAGUCUGAACUGGAUACAGAAAAGCAAAAUGGCUGCCUUCAUUGCUGAAAACUUCCGCUUCCUUUCACUUUUCUUCAAGAGCAAAGAUGUGAUGAUUUUCAAUGGCCUGGUGGCUCUGGGCACUGUUGGAAGCCAAGAACUUUUCUCUGUGGUUGCUUUCCAUUGUCCAUGCUCCCCAGCCAGGAACUACAUUUAUGGUCUGGCUGCCAUCGGUGUACCAGCUCUGGCCCUGUUUGUCAUUGGUGUCAUCUGGAACAAUCACACUUGGAACUUGGUAGCUGAGUGCCACAAACGAGGAACCAAGAACUUUUCAGCAGCAGCCAACUUCUUGAUCUUUGGCUCUGUCAUGGGACGGGCUGCAGUUGCUCCUGUCACAUGGUCCGUGAUCUCACUGCUUCGUGGAGAGGCUUAUGUCUGUGCCUUGAGUGAAUUCAUAGAACCUUCAUCUCUGGAUAAGUUUCCACUUGGCUACGGAGCAGAAACCAUGGCCAGGUUCCCUUGUAACGACCUGCCACAAAACUUGACAAGAUUUAAGGAUGAAGUUAUAAGGCGAUUAAAAUAUGAGUCUCAGCUGUUUGGGUGGAUGCUCAUUGGUGUGGUUGCAGUUCUUCUGUUCAUCAGCAAGUGCUUCAAACACUGCUGCUCACCACUAAGCUACCGCCAGGAGGACUACUGGGAUCUAUACCGCUCCAGCGAGGCCAAACUCUUCCAGCGCACUGCUGAGAUACAUUCGAAGGUUGUGGCUGCAAACAACGUCAAAAACUUCUUUGGCUUUGUGUGUCUGGAUAAGGAAGAGAAGGAGUUGGUUCAGGAAUUUGCUGUGGAAACCCUUCAGCCCAGGCCACAAUGGGAUGCCAUCACAGGGGUCUAUAUCUAUCGGGAGAAGAAUGGCUCCCCUCUCUAUAGCCGUCUCCAUAAAUGGGCCAAAGGCAUGACAGGAAACAGCUUAGGUCCUGACAGCCAGGAAAUGGCCUUCCUAGCUACCUAGCAGAAGCUGUGGACUUAAAUACAUUUUCCUGUUGGGAGUAAGUCCCAUUGAACUCAAUAGGGUUUACUUCUGAGUACACAUGCAUAGAAUGAACUGCACUAUAAGAGUGGCCAUCACUCUUGGUACAUCUAUGCUGUAACCUACAUUCAUUUUAUCUGUUGACCUAAGCUCUCAGCAAAAGAUAUGGCUAAUGGAUUUGAUGCGAGUGUUCAUGACUACAUUUCAAAACAAAAACUGAAGGAGCGGCAGAAUGUCUGGAACUGUGGACUACUAAACUAAGACCACAGGACUGCAAGUCAAAGAGAAUAAAUCUAAAAGAAAACAUUGCAGCUUAUCUCCUGGAUGGGGACAGCUACUCUGAUACCCAGAGGCAUCUCACUGAUGUAUUCCCAUAUACAAUGGAAAGAAGAGGAAAUGAACUGGAUGUUCUGCUUACUCAAAAAUUGCUGAUUAUUUUCCUCCUCAUUUUGGAGACAAUAUAAUGCCAUCAUGCAGCUGUGCCUUAACUUACUUUUGUUCGACUUCCUC